AUGGAGACAGCCAAUGACAGCGCCCAGAGCAGCUUCGUCCUCUUGGGAUUUUCUGACCAACCCCGGCUGGAGAGGGUCCUCUUUGUGGUCAUCCUGAUUACCUAUCUGCUGACCCUGCUGGGCAACACCACCAUCAUCCUGGUAUCCCGGCUGGACCCCCAGCUCCACACCCCCAUGUACUUCUUCCUCACCCACCUCUCCUUCCUGGACCUCUGCUUCACCACCACCUCCAUCCCGCAGCUGUUGUACAACCUCAGCAGGCAGGACAAGACCAUUAGCUAUGCAGGCUGUGCUGUUCAGCUCUGCCUGUUCCUGGGGCUGGGAACUGUGGAGUGCCUGCUUCUAGCUGUCAUGGCAUAUGACAGGUUUAUUGCGGUAUGCAAGCCUCUGCACUACAUGGUGAUCAUGAACCCCCGGCUCUGCCUGGUCUUGGUGUCCAUGGCCUGGGGUUGUGGGGCAGCCAACUCCGUGGUCAUGCCCUCUAUCACCCUGCACUUACCCCGCUGUGGACACAACAGACUGAACCACUUCCUGUGUGAAUUACCUGCCCUGAUCAGGAUCGCCUGUAUCAAUACAGCAGCAGUGGAGGCCACGGUCUUUGUCCUGUCCGUGAUCAUUGUGCUGAUGCCCCUGAUCUUGAUCCUGAUCUCCUAUGGCUGCAUCGUGAGGGCUGUGUUACAAGUUCGAUCAGCAUCACGGAUUAAAAAGGUCUUCAACACCUGUGGCUCCCACCUCACUGUCAUCUCUCUUUUCUAUGGAAACAUCAUCUACAUGUACAUGCAGCCUGGAAACAGCUCUUCCCAGAAUCAGGGCAAGUUCCUCACCCUCUUCUACAGCUCUGUCUCCCCGCUCCUGAACCCCCUGAUCUACACACUCAGAAACAAAGAUGUGAAGGGGGCAUUGAGAAAGCUGCUGCUGCAUGACAGAAAGGUGGGGAAGGGCUGA